UUCCUUUAUCAUUAUUGUCAUCGCCACAGCCGAGGGUGCGUGAAGGUGGAUUAUUGCAAGCUUCAGAUCCAGACAGCGAAAAAGUGUAACACGGCUGGUACUCGCAUCGUACCACCACCACCACCAAUGCAAUGUAGGAGUGGAGGGCAUCAUCAGGAUCACCGUGAAUCCUCGCAGGCCCUCGCAUUCCCUCCUAUCACGCACGCUCGCGUAUCUCAUUGCAGCGGGGAAGCCACGGGUCAUACCACUCAUACCACUCAUUCAUAAGUGGUAUGGAUACCACACAGUGCAGCACGAGUAUGCAUCAAAUGGAUCCGCUUGGAAGCUCUUUGCUGGUCGGUUGGCUUCCUUUUCUCAGGAUAAAGUCCAUAUACCCCGGACUCCGGCCUUUGAAUGUAGCGAGUGCAUCUUGAGCGAGACCAUACGAUACACCAAAGACCAAUCCCAUCUUGGCCGUUCUCGCAGCCACGGUGAUUGGAAAGCGGUCUGCGAGUUGGUUAGAGACGAUGCAGCAGGGACAACCGUGUAGGCGAGGGGAGCAGGGAACACCAUUAUUCCAAGAGAACUUACUCCAUAAGCUAAAGGUGCCGGCCACGGAGAGACUGGCAAUGACCGUAUUGACAAAGUCUUUGCUGCCUCGGUAGCGGUCAAACAGGUCUUCAAUCGCAAAAAAACUGGUAGUCCAGAAACUGACUUUAGCGCCCAUCUUCAGGCCCUCUCUGACGCCGCCAAAGGCCAUAUGGUAAUUCUUGCUCUUGUGGUAGAGAUACCAGCCGGUCGUCGAAGUGGGGAAGCGAUGAGCGUUUUCUGCUCGGAAUCGAAAUCCAGCCAUCUGGCUUCCAUGACGAAUUCCCAAACCCAUGCCCGCCAGAAAUGAAAUGGAUGAAGCCAUCAUCAGUCGCACGGCAAAGGGGGUGCCGAUACGGGAAUUCAUUUUCAACCGUUCCAUCCUCUCGGAUCUCAACUUUUUCUCUCGUUCCUCCUGCUCCUGCUCGGUGUCGGUUGGGACAUCUGUCAGUCCCUUUGAUGAGCUGCUCGACAUGUCGUUAGAUGUCGUUGGAUGUUGGACGUUGGAUUUAGAGCUGGCUUAGGCUCCGGCUGGCUGGCUGGCUGAAUCUUUGCAACACCCAACCUACCCAGGGUAAUGGUUUUGCGGCAAGGUAUACAGGAUUUGAUCACCUGACUAGGCGUCCCGCAAAUUCCGCAUGUCAGAACGCGGGACUCGCCUCGCCUCGAGCAAACAUCACCAAUUUCAAGUUCCAGAACGUCAACAUGGUAUGUAUAUCCUCACGCAAUGCACAACGCGUCAAAGCUAAUUCCCCAUCUCUAGGCAAAAGGUGCCGUUCAAUACACAGACUACACCCUCCUUUUCAAGCAUGGGAAACACACCAUCCUCCUUUUCGCAGAGGCAACCACACCCUUCACAAGCCUAAAAACCGAACUUCUCAAAACCCUCCGCGAACGAUAUCCCUCUGGCCUUCCACAAAGCGAUACCGAUACGAGCCUAGAAACCCCCCAGUCCCCAGCUGAAAUCGUCCUGGGUGUCCCAAACGAUGCCUACGACCCCUCAAAGGGCUGGUCCGAACUCGAUACCGGGAAUGGACUCAAAGAAACCCCAAAGAGCUUAGGUGUGAAGGAUGGCAGCAUGAUUGCUUUUGUAUUCGUGCCAGAGGGGGAGGAGGGUUCGGAGCCGGAAUUCAAGGUCGAGUUUUGUAAUUUGGAGGAGCUGUAUCCCGAGGAGGAAUGA